AUGGAGCUGGUUCAAUUGCAAGUUUUGAAUCUUUCACAAAAUCAUUUGACUGGAAGGAUCCCCAAGAAGAUUGGCAACUUGAAGCAACUUGAAACACUUGAUCUAUCAAUGAAUGCACUCUCCGGUGCAAUCCCCGAAAGCUUAUCUGAUUUGUACUCAUUGAACUCUCUGAAUUUGUCACACAAUAAACUUUCAGGGCCAAUACCAUCAGGAAAUCAGCUGCAAACCUUGACCGAUCCAUCCAUCUAUGAAGGAAACAGUGGACUCCGUGGCAAACCGCUCCCAAAUAGCUGCUGGGAACACAAAUUGCCUACCAAAAAUGGGCCUAGUGAUGAUGAUGAAGGCCACAGCGAAUCUGAUUGGUCUUGGUUUUAUGCUGGUAUAGGACCGGGUUUUGCUGUCGGGCUCUUGGGAGUUUUGGGAAUCCUUCUCCUCAAGAAGUCAUGGCGCUAUGCAUACUUCAAGUUUGUAGAAAGUGCCUGUGACAAAAUCUGGACUAUCAGAGUGGCUGCUGCUGUUGUUGUCCAGAGUGCCUCGAGAAGCAAUAGUAGUUUUGUUGUCUGUUACCUGCAAUUGGGGGCACUUGAGAUUCUGCAUUUGAAUGGAAAUAAAUUCAUUGGGAGGCUCCCGUCAUCAAUUCAGCAUCUGAGCAAUUUGGUAAUUUUUGAUCUUGGUGACAAUGGACUAAGGGAUACCAUACCAGCUUGGAUUGGGGAAAUGUCAUCAAAUUUGAUGUUUCUAAGAUUUCAGUCAAAUAACUUCUAUGGAGGUAUUUCUGACAAGCUAUGCCUACUCUCAAGUCUUCAAGUGCUGAACCUGGCACACAAAAACUUAACAGGAUAUAUUCCUCAUUGUUUUAACAACUUCUCAAUGAUGGUAUCAAGUGAACAUGGAAGCAUUCUCACGAUAACUUACGAUACCACCAACCUUCAAAACUAUAAGGGAGGAAAUGAACUUGAGUACUCCUUUGGGAACCUUGUGCUCAUUAAAUCCAUAAGCCUCUCAACAAAUAAUUUAGUGGGUGAGAUCCCUGAUGGGAUAAUGGAUCUGGCUGGUAUACAAACUUUGAACCUUUCUCACAACCAUUUGACUGGAAGGAUCUCUGAGAAGAUUGGCAACUUAAAGCGACUUGAAACGCUAGAUCUAUCAAUGAAUGAAUUCUUCGGUGCAAUACCUAACAACUUAUCAACAAUAAACUCAUUGAGCUUCCUAAAUUUGUCACACAAUAGCCUUUCAGGGGAAAUACCAUCAGGAAAUCAACUUCAGACCUUAACCGAUCCAUCCAUCUAUGAAGGAAAUAAUGGACUUUGUGGCAAGCCACUCCCAAAGAGCUGCCCCGAGAACAAGUCACCAGCCAAAAAUGAUCCUAUCCUAGAUGACAAAGAUCAUGGUGAGUUUGAUUGGUCAUGGUUUUAUGCUGGUCUAGGACCUGGUUUUGCUCUCGGCCUCGUGGGAUUCUUGGCAAUCCUUCUCUUCAAGAGGUCUUGGCGCUAUGCAUACUUCGAGUUUCUGGAAAGUGCAAGUGACAGAAUUGCCGCAAUGAUAGCAUUGAAGACUACUCGGCGUGCGAGGAACUUCCGUUGA